AUGAUUCUAUCUUUCGUAGUGUUUGCCACACUUCUCACCGGAUUCACAGGUGCUACACGAGGUAACGAAUAUAUUGUUUCGAACGAAAGAGUUGAGAAGUAUUUAUGUAUCAGCGCGAUGCCUGAUUCACAAGAGCAGCUUCCACCCAUCAUCUUCUUUGGAAGGCGGUGGAGCGACGACAGCAGUCCGCAACAUCAAGCGCCACUACCAACAGCGCUGUCCAACGCUGGUUUGCUCGCUUCGCAUUGGGAGAUACCAUGUCCUCUUACGAUCGAAGACAUGUUCUGCUCGGGAUGUCUCUACGCUGUGGAAGACUCCGCCACUCUCGACGCUGUUAAAGAGGAUCCGGGAGUUAGCACCCGCACUCUUGCGACGAGACUCGGAUGUAGUCAACCAAAGGCCGCUUUGCUGGCUAAGACAACUUUCCUCAAAUCCGAUGACAUUAGUCGAGCGGUCGCCGACUUCUUCGACUCCCAGCCUCCUUAG